GGUACUGCGUGGGUCAGCCAAGGACUCAAAAGAUUUGCUUAGCUGUCCAUAGUUGUAGAAACGCUGUCAAGCUCUUAGAGUAGAGAACAACAGAGACGACACCCAACGACACACAUAGACAACUCGUUUCUUAGCAACACCUGGCAACCUACAUCGUCUGUUUCGCUCGGAAGUUCCAAGCCAUUUUACGUUAGCAUUAACGUGCCCACCUGUUUCCAUUAGAAAUAAUUUCUGCUAAUUUAAUAUUUAAGCUAUGAAGUUUUCCCCUAGAAUUAUGCAUAUCAACCUUUUGAUCUUUAUUUUAAUUGGUAUGACGAGAGGAGCCUCUCUCUUUGACUUUACAAACAUUUUUCACAGAAAUCUCGAGAACGUCAAAAGAGAGGAUGAUUACAAUCGCUGCCCUACAACUCGACCUUUUCGUUGCCCUGGGAGACGUACUAUUUGCAUUUCGAUCCAAUAUCUGUGUGAUGGCGCUCCUGACUGCCAUGAUGGCUACGAUGAAGACCCAAAAUUGUGUACUGCAGCAAAGCGCCCUCCUGUAGAAGAGACAGCUAAUUUCCUUCAGACUUUAUUGAUCAAUCACGGUCCCAACUAUCUUGAGAAACUGUUCGGAAGCAAGGCUCGAGAUGCACUAGCACCGCUAGGUGGAGUUGGCAAGGUAGCAGUUGCACUAUCAGAAUCUGACACAUUAGAAGACUUCGGUAAGGUUCUAAACUUGAUGAGGUCAGACCUAGACCAUCUGAGGCACGUUUUCAUGGCUGUGGAAACCGGCGAUUUGAGCAUGCUCAGAGCCUUAGGCUUUAGGGAUUCUGAACUCGCUGACGUUAAGCUAUUUUUAGAUAAACUCGUUAGCACUGGGUUCAUGGAUUAAGCCCUGGAUUAAGUAUUCUAAGCGCCCUGUAUUGUUAAAACCCUCUUCUCUUCUGUCCCAACUAUUUGAGGAAAUCAGUAAUUUGAACUAAUACACCAGAACAAAGCUUCAAUGACCCUAAUUUUCCAGCCUUUAAUUUUGGUGUUCGAAUAAAACUCAAAAUGUAUUUCUACUUAGACAGUUAUCUUACUAUUUAGUUCUGCAACACUGUAGCAAUUUAAAAAGUUGAAUGUUUGCUUCUGUUGUAUUGAUUUAAUUUUUCUUAAUAAUAGAUCUAAGUUGAAAAUUAAUUCACUAAUUUCAAGAUGAAGGCCAGAUAUGUAGUGACAGGUGAGGAAUUUUAAAGGACAGAGCUUUUUAUUUAUUUUACCCUUCAGCCAGAAUUUGUUUCCACGUGCUUCGUAAUACUCAAACUUCCGAAAUCUGUAUUAUUAAUGUACUGAACUAAUAAAAUAUGUAAGCUAUGAAAAUGAAAAAAAACAUGCACUCAAAAUAAAACUUUUCUCGUUCUA